GUUCAGGCUCUGCGACCUGCACCGUCAGGAAGACGGACUACGCCUUCGAGAUGGCGAGCUCUAACAUCCGAUACGGAGAGGGAGUCAGCAGCGAGAUCGGCAUGGACCUGCAGAACCUCGGAGCUCGGAACGUCUGCCUCAUGACGGACAAGAACCUGUCCCUCCUCCCCCCGGUGAAGGCCGUCCUCGAGUCUCUGGCCAAGAACGGAGUCAAUUACAAAGUCUACGACAACGUCCGCGUGGAGCCCACCGACACCAGUUUCAAAGAGGCCAUCGCGUUUGCCAGAAAGAACUCUUUCGACGUGUUUGUGGCGGUGGGCGGCGGCUCUGUGAUCGACACCUGCAAGGCCGCCAAUCUGUACGCGUGUCACCCCAACGCCGACUUCCUGGACUUCGUCAACGCUCCGAUCGGGAAGGGGAAGCCGGUCACCGGAGCCCUGAAGCCGCUCAUCGCAGUUCCAACGACAGCAGGGACCGGCAGCGAGACCACCGGGGUCGCCAUCUUCGACUACGAGCCUCUGAAAGCCAAAACAGGUAUCGCCAGCAGAGCCAUCAGACCCACGCUGGGCAUCGUGGACCCGAUACACACACUGAGCAUGCCCGAGAGAGUCGCCGCCAACAGCGGCUUUGACGUGCUCUGGUCAGUGUGUGUGUGUGUGUGUGUGUGUGUGUGUGUGUGUGUGUGUGUGUGUGUGUGUGUGUGUGUGUG